UAUUAGAUGGGCAUAGGAGAGGCAAAAGCAAUAACAAUCACUGUGGCCAAAGACCUGCCACUCCAUUUAAUCCAUUUAAUAGUGACCGUUGAUCGUUUUUCCCGGCACACUGUUCACAAAAUCAAAAUAUACUAAUGGUUGACCAAUAAAGGUUCUCCAACUUGCCCCUGGGUACGCUGGUACGGUACACGGUGUCCCUGAUCGUUCGGAGCAUCAUUCAGGUGCUCUCGUGGCCGUGGUACGGGUAGCGGGAUUGUGUGUAUAUUAAAGCAACGUCUCGAAGCUAAGACUAGCAUGAUGUUGACGGGUCAACGCCAUUCGGUUUUUGAAGCAAGGAAGCUUAGUUACGACAUCCCAGCUACUUCCUGACAAUGCCUAACUACAACUAGACUCGAGAGACUUCAGGUCAAUGCCAUGGAGUCAGCAGGUAGGCGCACCCAAGCUCGGGGUUUGAAGCCUGUCCCAAGGAGCGGACAUGUUGCUGUGACGUACGGUGGCCUCAUGCUUGUAUGGGGAGGCUAUACAGACCUUCCUGCUUUGUCCAGUGAAUCACAUUGGGGGGACCAGUAUUUGGAUGGCAGUGAGUUAUGGUGUUAUGACAUAGAGGCAAGCUUAUGGGAUGUCUGGUCUACCCGCAAAAGCCCACCAGGCAUGUCAGGGAGCUGUGCUGCUUGUAUUGGCAGACACAUGUACGUCUUCGGUGGCUACAGUGCUGAUGGUAAUUCCAACAAGCUCUACAGAUUAGAUUUAAAGACCAAAGUUUGGAUGCACCUCAAGCCAAAUGGAAAAGCGCCCUCACCCAGAGACAAGGUAGCAUGCUGGCCAUAUAGAGACAAGCUUGUCUUCUUUGGAGGGUUCGGGCCACCCCCAGACAAUGAAGAUGUAACUAUGGAUGGAGUAGGUCAGUGGCGAAUUGAUCUCUCAUCUCUAAACGUCUGGUCACCAACCAGGGGAUGGAACAACCAUUUAGUCGUGUACAACAUCACAGAAAACUCUUGGACUCAUGUACAAAUAAAGGGUUAUCAACCAUGUCCAAGAGCUGCUCAUGCUGCUGCUGUUAUCGGCAAUAAAGGGUACUUGUUUGGGGGUCGUUUUGAGGGCAGUCGGAUGAAUGACCUCCACGUCUUGAACCUGGACACCUUGCAGUGGGUUGAAAGCUUAAACCCAGUGAGUGGUGAUAUUCCGAUGGGACGUUCUUGGCAUUGCAUGGCCCCCGUAAGCGAUAGACACCUGUUAGUCUAUGGUGGCUACAGUACGGAAGGCGUGCCACUGAAUGAUGUGUGGGUCUUGGACGUGGAAAAUAAAACAUGGCACCAACAGGAUAGUUUACCCUCAGAUACAAGAAUAUGGCACACUGCGGUGAGUGGCGUUGAUGCAGGGGAAGUGGUGGUCUUUGGAGGAUGUAGCAAUGACCUCCUGGAUCCCUACGAGAGAAGUGUCCACUCCAGCAAGAUCUUCAAAUUCUUCUUCAGCCCCAAGAACCUGAAAAGGCUGUGCUCAGAGGCUAUUGUUACAAAUAUUGCCAUGCUAGAGAAAGAGCUCAACGCGCUGCCGUCUGUGCUGCAAAGGACAAUUGAACUUCUCCUGCGAGGCUGUCGAAAGGGGGAUGCCAAGAAACAUGGCUACAACCUCAGAGCUCGGCCAAAAAGCUCAUGACGAGGGGGUUGCUUCAACAAACCAUUUCAUCAUGCUGGGAUAAGAUUCUGCAUAGAGUAUGAUAAGCCAGAUUACUGCAGGUUAUUUGGUUAUGAACUGACGAUUUACCCAGUGCUACCCCAGCAUAUAUGAACCUCCUUGACUUUGUUACAAUCUAGCACUGUACAGCAACCUCAGUGAUAUGUUCUCUGUCCCUAAAAAAAGCCGGAACAGAAAGGUCUGUGUGAAUUGAUGGUUGCUGGCCUGUACAGUCUUGAAUCCAUAACGUAAAGCCAAGUCUUGGAAUGCUGUGUUGACUUUUCAACUGUUAAGACUAAAAAAGCGAAAUCAUUGCUAACACCAUUAUAAGUGGAGGAUUAUGUAUAAAAACUUCAAUCCAAAUUUAUGGCACCAUACUAGGAAUAUUCUGGUUCUGAUCUCUACGAAACUUGAUGAGUCUUAGUUUCCCAAUUUCUGUAUAUUACAAUGAAAUAAGAUCAUUUCAAACAAUUGCAACGACAGUGAAUGAACAAAAGGUGUCAUUCUCACUUAAAAGUAUUCCAAUUUAUUUCCAAGAUUAUUUACACCUUAUAGAUGUGCCUUAUGGUACAAAUUCUGAACGCAUGUCCUUACAUAGAAGCUAGUUUCUUUUCACAUUGCAUUCAUUGCUUGCUUCUAGGAAUUUGUAGAGGGAGUAAGCCCCACAUACUGAGAGAGAAUAGAACAAUGUAACGGGAAGAGAAAUUUCUGCUCGUAGAUUUAUUCCCAAGUUUUGUCCUCACAGAAUUUUGUAUCUGUGGCAAAAUCCAGAUAUUAUCUAUACAUCAUGCAGAUUUCAAGUCAAUUUAGCAAGCACAGGCAUCAUGGUGUUGAAAUCCACUCUUUUUGUUUCAAAAUAAUUUUUUUCUUUCAAUCAUAAUUUUCUUUUAAAAGUAUUAAUCAAAUCAAUAAUACAUAACAUAUACAAAAAGGAGCUUAAAGGAACCAGGAAAUGAAUUUAUCUUAGAAUCACUUUUUGUGUAUUUCUGUACUCUUCUUCCAUGUAUGAAGA